GACGACAGGACCGGUCGCUGAGCUCCCCUGCUGCCGAGCCACCGCCGCCCGAGCGACGCCCCUGCUCUGUCCGAGAUCUGCCCAGCCCAGCGCCGCACCUCCGUCGCGUCUCCGUGCCGAUCGUCCACCCCGCGAUCGCUGAGCUUCCCUCUGCCCGAGCCCGAGUCGAGCUGCUCCACCCUCUGCCCGACAAACUGCUCCUCUGUCACAGCCCGACGCCGCUCCUCAGCCGCGAACCGACGCUGCCACAGCCGCCGAGCUCUGCCUGCCGUUCACCCCCGCUUGCUCGUCCGACGCCCAGCAGAUCCGCUCCGAGCCUCCUCCGAGCGAAGCUGCCUGCUCCUCCACCCGUGCCUCUCCGACCAGCGACCCGACGCCUGCAGCGCACCAACCCCUUGGCGACCCAUCACCCCCGGCGAACCACCACGAGCUGCCUAGCCUCGUUUGGAAGAAAAAAGGAAAAUCAAAUUAGGUGAUUCUCUAGCCUCGAUCAACAUGUCAAUGCCAGCGCCCUACCCGGCGCCGGUCUGCUCGGUAGGGCACUCGGUGGAUACGCAGGACAGUCCCUCGCUCAGGCUUGUAACCAUCGAGGUGCUGCUGGUCCUCCUAGCUUGCUCUCUAACCUUUUUGGGGGUCUUUGGGGCGUUCAGGCGAUGUUGCACAAACCGCGCAUUCAUAAUGUUUGGGUUCGCAGCCUAUACCAUUUCAUCCACUGGGGUCGCAUACACUCUGGGUCUCAUCCAAGAUACUAAGUUUUGCAAAAAGUUAUUCCCCCUAGGGGCAGCUUUCUUGCUGAUAGUUCUUGGAGGCGCUGAUUCCUACACGGUACACAGCCUUGAGGAUGCCGAACGAUGGAGGUCAAUUAAUAUCCAGAUAAUCGGUACUUCUUUUCUAGCGAGUGAGGUCAUUGGUACCUUCACGCCCUCAUCGAACACACUGCAAUAUCUUCUACUUUUGGUGAUCGUGAAAGUCGACCAAAGAGUCCGAGCUUUGAUGUCAGCAAGCAAGGAUGUGAUGCAGAAGACCUAUAUUUCGUUAGCCGACUACAUGAAAACCGAGCACCAAAGCAGCGAUUUAAACCAAGUUGAUCCAUCUUCUCUGCGAGGUUACAAGUACUUGGUGAAGGAGACAAAAGAGAUAAAGGACCACUUGUGGUUCUUACCAGCAUAUUGGACGCGACGGCCACUGUUUUUUGAGGGCGAAGCCCCAGAAUAUCGAAUGUCAUUACGUAUGACGGAUGACGUUAUCACCGUUGAAAAGGUUUGGAAUUGCAGAGGGAGGCUUUUAAGCGCGAGAGGAGGAGACCCAGACGGCAAACUCAAGGAUCUUUGCCUCUCUUUUUCACUCUCCAAGCUUGUCUGUCUGAGAUUUGCCGGCUACUCGUUGCCCCGAGAAGCUCACGACAAGUUAUGGUCCCUGAUUCAUCAUAGCCUACAUUCUGAAGCGAAUGGUUACGAGCGAGUUUUUAGAGUAAUUGAGGUAGAACUUGCAUUUCUUUUCGAUCUAUUCUACACCAACUUCUCGGUUACUCCCAGUCCCCGUCGUAUAAUAUCGAAAGUACUGCAACUGGUCGGUUUGCUUGUUUUCUCUCAGGCUAUAAUAUCAAGUUACCAAAAAUAUCCAAUUGAAAGCACACGGUCAACUUAUGAUGAUGCUUUGGUAACCUUUUCUAUGAUGAUCGCGAUCCUUGGUAUCGAGAUUGUCCAAUUUAGCAUCAGGGUUUUCUCAGAAUGGGCCAAGGUAUCAUAUAUAUGUAUGUACGUUCGAAAUGAGUGGUGCCAAAGAAACAGAAUCGCAGAGAAGGUUAUCGAGAUAAUGUGUGGAAUUAAGCUCCGGAAACCAUGGGGAGGACAACUUCAGCAAUACUCGCUUCUGGAAAAAUGCAGCUAUCGUCCGCCAAAGUUGAUAUUUAAUAGAUUUACCGCGGAAUAUUUUGAUCAGGCAAAGGAUGGUCAGCGGGUAAUUGCUCCCACCAAAUUGUCCAAAGAGGUAAUGAAAGCAAUCGCACGGUCUCUAAUGAACAAUGGCACCCGCAACUUGGAGAAUGGGAGAGCUUCUUUGAGACGCAACAACAUGUUUGAUCAGCUCUCAUGGGCAUGCAAUCUCGAGUCAACUACUCGUGUUAUAAUGGUCUGGCACAUUGCGACCAGUAUCUACGAGUAUGAACAACGGAGGGCAGUACCUUCUCCUCUUGUUUCACAAGGACAAAGGGAGAACUUCAAUAUAGCAACUACGCUAUCGAAAUAUCUUGCUUAUUUGGUUGCUUUUGCCCCAAGACUACUACCCGAUCACCGUUACAAAUCUGAAUACAUAUUCAGUCGUGUUGUGAAAGAAGCUAGGGAAUUAUUUAAGGGAAGCUCAAUUUUGAUAGAUGAGAGGAUUCAAAAACUGAAGGCCCUUGACAAUGAACAAUACAGCAAAACAAUUGUGGGUCAAGGCACUCGGCUGGGAAGUCAACUUUCGAUUGAAGCAACAGAUGAUGAGCAUAUUUGGACGAUCUUGGCCGACUUCUGGGCAGAAAUGAUGUUGUAUGUGGCUCCUUCAAAAGAUGUCGGAGCUCACGCUAAGUACCUCUCCACAGGGGGUGAGUUUGUGACUCAUGUGUGGGUUUUGCUCUCUCACGCAGGCAUCAUGAGAAGUCCAGACGGUAGUGAGCAACAUGAUGAUCCGGAGAGGUACUGAACUUGUCCUUACAUUCGAUAUUACGCCUAAUCUACUAUUUUCAGUAUCGUGUAAGUCUCUGCUUGCGUAGCAGUCUCUCUAAACUUGUAUUGAUCCUUAGUCAGACAUUUGAAAAGGUCGCUGUUGUAUGACUAUGAUGCAAGGUCUUCUUUCCAGUAGUGUAAUUUCUGGGCUUGAUCCAUGUAAAACUCGAGCUUUAGUCGUUAUGUACUGCUUUUCUUUUUCUCUCCUUAGCGUACUGCUAGACUACUCUUUUAUGGUUGCAUGGGACAUGUUUUAUUUCUUCACAGACGGGAUCUGUACCGUCCGGUUAACGGCAUCAUAU